UCUUGUUUCAAGCACCUUCAUCUACUGGUAAUAUCACCCGCAAGUCGACGAUAAGUAAAUCGAUCCUUUGUUAUUAGUACUUUAAUUAUAGUUCCUCUAGGUGUAUUAGAUAUAUACCAGAGAACAAUACCCGAAAUGGAACCUUAUUCAUAAAGAUAAGUCAGAGAACCAUGGAUGGAUUCCAGGCUAGCAUCUGAUAUCAAAGCUGGCUUUUGCCAUAAAGUUGAAGACGCUAUCUACACUAUAUCACAGAAGACAGGCAGAUGAUACCCCUGGACAAUCCGUGUAUAUAUGUCAACUUAGGGCUUGGAUGAUAAGUACUAAUCUUUGUUCCUGACCUUGGACAUCCACACUAAAUAAGAACACGUGUUCAUUACCUUAUUCUACGGAGAAUAAACCGCCCAAGCUUGUCUAACAAAUCCAUCAAUUCGCUACUAGUGAUUUGUAGGUAGACGUAUUGGAUCCAUUCAUCUACCGGAUACGAGGAUAGCACAACAUGCAAUACGACCCAUACCUUCCCUCUCUAGGACUAAAAGAAUAAUAAUACGAGGCAGCAGUAAAGGGCUUUGUCAUGAUUGUCUCGAGUAUUAAUAUAAAUAUGACAGUAUUCUCUUUCAUUACUUCUAGGCACCAGCGUUCCCAUUCAUCUUUCCACCUGAGCAGCCAACACAAUGGAAUCCCGAGAAUAUAUUUACAAAAAAGGCGGCGAAGGGGAGGAUCUUCUGACUGAUGUGCACUGGAUGAGAAAUUCCCCCAAGGGUGGCAGUCCAAUCGCAAUCAUAUACCAUGCCGGCGGCUUUGUCAAAUGGUCCAAAGAGGUCGUUCCAAAAUCUGAAAUAUCUACUUUGGCAAGAUUGGGAUUCGUGGUAGUAGUACCAAACUACAGACUAUGUCCGCAAAUCUCUGUCGUCAAUGGACCGAUCGCCGAUUCCAAGGACUGUUUAGUGUGGGCGGCCACGAAGUUGACCGAAUUACUGCAGACCGAGUCUGUUGUUGUAGAUUCAACACGAAUUGUAACCAUGGGACACUCUGCGGGCGGGACAUUAGCUCUGCUGAUGGGCUCCGUACCGGAAGUCCCAGUAACAGCAGUCCUUGACUUCUACGGCCUCAAGUACCUUUCCGAUCCGGUGUGGCAAUUGCCUAUCCCCGAAUUUGAGGAAUCACCCUCCUGGCCGCAGGAAUACAUCGACAAGAUCUACGAAGGACCCCAGGUUUCCGCCGAGGUGCCUCACUUGGGUGACGACGCUUCUCCGAGGGAGGCAUGGUUCGCUACCCAUAUGAAGCAGGGAACGUUGCUGGAUAAGAUAGUUGAAGGCGGAGAUAAGAGUUAUAUAGAUGGUACGAAUCGGUUUUCAGCGUCAUUCCCUCGGACCAUGUUCAUUCAUGGGACGGCAGACAAAGUGACACAUCAUCGAUUUAGCGUACGGGCACAGGAAGACUUGAAGAAGCUGGGAGUCGCAGCAGAUCUCUUGCUGGCGGAUGGUGAGAAGCAUGUGUUUGAUUUGACGUUGCAGGAAGAUGAUGUGAGCUUUGUCGAAUAUGUCUUACCAGGGCUGGAGUUCCUUGCCCGGGCAGUGGGUCUGCUGUAGUAUUAGUUUUAUACGGUUUAGGAUGGCUUCGCGACUCCGUUGAAGUUUACGGCUACUUCUUAUGAAUCACUGAAUUGAUCACCUUGUAUAUUGGAAGUGGUCUCAUAUUACCCGAUAGUCUUACUGUAGAGGGUCAAUAGAAGACAAACAAAACUACAAUUGGAUCAGUCCAGAGAGGCUUGCUG